AUGGAAGGAUCUAGCGCUUCUAGUUUUGGAAUAGACACGAUUUUGUCUAAUCCCAGGUCCGGCAGCCCGGUUAUGAUGAACGGAGACUUUCGGACCGCCCAUGGCGAGGCCAGGGCGGCGGAUUUUCUCAACCAGGCCACUCCGUCCCCUUGUUCGGAAAUAGACACUGUGGGGACGACUCCCUCCUCGCCUAUCUCGGUCACCGCAGAGCACCCCGAGCAUCAUCUGGCGCAAGACGGCUUGUCGCCCCAGCAUCACCAUCUUCAUCACAGCCAACAUCCAGAGCAGCAACAGCCAAAAAGUUUGCAGCUGUCGCCCCAGCAACAGCAGCAGCAGCAGCAGCAGCAGCAGCAGCAGCAGCAGCAGCAGCAGCAGCAAUUAGGUUCGGGCAGCUCUGCCCCCAGGACUUCCACUUCUUCUUUUUUAAUUAAAGACAUUUUGGGAGACAGCAAACCGCUGGCAGCGUGUGCCCCUUACAGCACCAGCGUCUCCUCUCCCCAUCCCACCCCCAAGCAAGAGAGCAACGCGGCUAACGAAAGUUUCAGGCCAAAACUCGAGCAGGACGACAGCAGAACCAAACUGGACAAACGCGACGAUUCCCAGAAUGAGCUGAAAUGCCACGGGGCAAAAGAAGAAGGGGAUCGUGAAAUUUCAAGCAGCAGGGAUAGCCCUCCUGUGCGGGCAAAGAAGCCUCGCAAGGCGCGGACUGCCUUCUCCGACCAUCAGCUCAACCAGCUGGAGAGGAGCUUCGAGAGGCAGAAGUACCUGAGCGUCCAAGACCGCAUGGACUUGGCAGCCGCCCUCAAUCUGACUGACACCCAGGUCAAAACCUGGUACCAAAAUCGGAGAACCAAGUGGAAGCGGCAGACGGCAGUGGGGCUGGAGUUGCUGGCUGAAGCUGGGAAUUACUCGGCUCUACAGCGGAUGUUCCCGUCGCCUUAUUUCUAUCACCCGAGCCUGCUGGGCAGCAUGGACAGCACCACGGCGGCCGCGGCGGCCGCGGCAAUGUACAGUAGCAUGUACCGGACUCCGCCUGCGCCUCACCCUCAGCUUCAGAGGCCUCUGGUGCCCCGGGUUCUGAUCCACGGCCUCGGCCCGGGGGGGCAGCCGGCCCUCAACCCCUUAUCCAACCCCCUUCCAGGGACCCCUCACCCGCGGUGA